CGGAAGGCGCCGUAUCGACGGCUCGGCAGCCGCGGGCGGCCUUGCGCGGCGGGCCCCGAGCUCCGGCAUGGCCGGGUUCAUCAACUUCGCGGACGAGGAGGAGGUGCGGGGGUAUCUGGAGAACAUACACAUUGAGUAUAGUUACCAGUGCUUCAAGGAGAAGGACCCGGACGGCUGCCAGCGCCUUGCCGACUACCUGGACGCCGUGAAGAAGGACUUUGUGGCGGCGGGGCGGGUGCUGCGCGACAACUGCGAGACGCACGGGCACAGCGAGAGCUGCUACAAGCUGGGCGCCUACCAGGCCAUCGGCAAAGGUGAAUUCGAACCAGAUUUGAAAGCUGCUUACAAGUCUUUUAUGAAGUCAUGUGAGAAAGGUGGGAAGAAGUCAGUAAAUGCGUGUCACAGCGUUGGGCUGUUGGCCCAUGAUGGGAGAGUAAACGGUGACAAACCUGACCCCGUUGUUGCUAGAGACUAUUACACAAAAGCCUGCGAUGGCAAUUUUGCUCCUAGCUGCUUCAACCUCAGUGUAAUAUAUCUCCAAGGGGCACCUGGGGUACCCAAGGACAUGAACCAUGCUUUGAAGUACUCGCUGAAAGGGUGUGAGCUGGGUCAUGCGUGGGCUUGUGCCAAUGCCAGUCGAAUGUACAAACUGGGAGAUGGCACUGAGAAGAAUGAUGCUAAGGCAGAGGAUUUGAAAAACAGGGCAAAACAGUUGCAUAAAGAGCAGAAAGAAGCCUCAAGUUCUAUAACGUUUGGAGAGUAAAAUGGUCAGUUGCAGUUACUCAGACUGCAGUUUUAAAUGGCAAGUGAACUUGUUAGUUAAAUUGUGAGCAUAGUCUUCACUUAAAUAAAUAUCCCGUAUUUGGAUAUGCAAAUAAACUUGUAUUUUUGUGGAUGCAACAUACGA